AUGCCUCCUCCUCGAUCAACCAUCUUCCUCCUAUCUACCCCUCACAAACCAAGCCGCGCAUCCCCUCAUCUCCGCACGCGCAUGAGCUGCUCCCUCUUCAUACAAACCAUCCAGCGACCACAACCACAACCACAACCACACAACCAGCACCACCUACAUGACCGACUACCCUUCCGCUCUUUCACCUCAACAGCCCGCACCCAAGCCCACGAACAAAACCACUACGAAACCCUCGGUCUACCAAUAACCGCCUCCGCAUCCGAGAUCAAAAAAAAAUUCUACGCCCUUUCCCUCCGCCACCACCCAGACCGCAACCGCUCAGACCCAGAAGCAGGCCCCCGCUUCUCCCGCAUAACAGCAGCCUACAACAUCCUCGGCCGCGCCUCCAAGCGCGCAAUCUACGACCGCGAUCACGGCUUCCACUCCGCACACCAAGGCCACCAUAACGUUCCACAUGGCAGCCACAGUAGCCACACCGCACACCCGAACAAAGGAGGCAGCUAUGCAGGUUCAAGACCAGCGAGCGGACUGAGUAAACGACGCAGUGCAUUCCAGGGCCCACCGCCUAGUUUCUAUGCGCAGGGUGGGUAUGGGUCUACGGGACGAACGGGUGUGGAGGGCUCGUAUACUACUGGUUCUGGCGGGGAUGAGUUUGGACUCGGGGGCAAGGGGAGGGGAAAGGGAGAUGAUCCAGAAGAUCCGAUGGGGUUUAUUUAUCGGAAUCCGUUGAGCCAUUUUAAUGCGCAGGCGCAUUAUCGGACGCAGAGUGCGGAGGAUAAGAGGCGGGGGGAGAGGAGGAGGAGGGCUAGGGAGGCUGCUAUUAAGGAUGGGGCUGUGAUGGCUAGUGGGAAUUUUCAGGCGAGUGAGUUCUUUAUAGUUUGUGGGAUUUUUGUGCUUGUUAUUGCUAUUGGGGGGAUUUUUACGAAUCCCAUACCGGCUACUUCUGCGCCUAGCGAGACGGGGAGGCGGAAGGAAAGUCGGAGUUGA